GGACUACGGACUACCGGAGCGACAAUACGUCACCCGUCACCCCGAAAUUCGCCGCAUGAUAAGCGCUCGUAAGCUCGAUCGCCUUUCCGAGAUAUCGUGCAUGUGGCACGCGCGCCGAAUGGACCGACUGUAGUCAUCAAUGCAUUCUUUGUAGCUAAGAUAACUUUAGUUAACUCUUACGGAGAUUUCAUCGGGCAUCUUAUCAUUCGGUGUAUCCGACGUGACUGUCACGUGUAUUGAAAUGCGAUUUGUAGUAAGUCUCAGUGAAAAUUCGCAAAGUUUUGCCAACGAAACUCGCUCGACUUCCCUCCUGAAAACAUGAAGGGACUCAUAUUUUGUUAUAUACUCGCGUUAUGCUCCAGUCAACUUGGAGCCGACAAGAAGAUCAACAAAUACGUGACGACUUUAAUAAAUGCCAAAUGGAACGAAACGCCUCUCGUUCUCGAGGCAGCUGAAUAUCUUAGCGAUGAGAAUCCAAUUUACUUUUGGAAGUUUAUCGACUCGUAUUCCAGAAGGAUCAGCAAUCUUGUACUGGCUACACAGAAGGAGAAUUAUGACGUUAUUCUGGAAUUGGCCAAAAAGUAUCUGUCCGAAUCUGAGAUAGCAGUUUUUAAGUUAGGAUUGUCUUUACGUAUUUAUUCCUCACGCGUGGAAAUGUUCUCUCAAAUGGCUGUGAAUAAAAAUGUUUCUUUGUACGGAUGCAACAAUGUUGUUAACGUUGGGGGAACAUUUACUUGUUCUCUAGAAGAUAUAGAUAAUUUGCUCGAGCAGGAUACAUGGGAAAGUAUAGAUACCUAUGAUGUAGAUCAUCGAUAUUUAAGUACUCCAGAAUCCGAUAAAGUGAUGAUAUUAUACGGCCAGAUUGGGACUCCUACGUUCUCCGAUUUUCAUGAGAAGCUAAAAAACAUAGCGGAAACAAAAGGGAUCAAUUACAUCCUUCGUCAUUAUGUUAAGGAGAGGGAGGAUAAGAGAUUGCGUUUAUCGGGCUAUGGGGUAGAGUUGCAAAUGAAAUCUACAGAGUACAAAGCGACUGACGAUUCCGAUAUUAAAGACAACACAGGGAAAGACUCGGAAGUGGCAAACGAUGGCAUGGAAGAAAUUGAAGGAAUCAACUUUAUGACUUUAAAGAAAUUGCAUCCAGAUCAACAAGCUGAAUUGGAUAAAAUACAGACGUAUUUACUGGAAACCAGCCACGAAAUUGGCGCUUUUAAAGUAUGGCAGUUUCAAGAACUGAGUCAUCAGGCAGCUGAAAGGAUAAUGAAGUCUCCUUCUGCAGAAGCAUUAAACAUCUUGACCGAUAUAUCGCAGAAUUUUCCUAUGCAAGCAAAAUCGCUAAUUCGAACUAAAGUAAAUAGCGAUAUGAAGAAAGAAAUGAAACUGAAUCAGGAAAUAUUCAUGGCGAGUCUAAAUAUACAGCCAACUGAUACGGCGCUUUUCAUCAAUGGCUUAUUUUUUGACCUGGAAGCUAUUGAUGUUCUAACACUUUUAGAGUCUUUGAGGAGCGAGCUACGAGUGAUGGAAGCUCUUCAUAAAAUUGGCUUUAGUAAUAAAAAGAUGAGUAAAUUGUUAGCUUUGGAUUUAUCUGGAGGUACGGAUAAUCAAAAUUUUGCAAUGGACAUAAGAGAUUCCGCAAUUAAUUGGAUCAACGAUAUCGAGAAUGAUCCACGCUACAGUAAUUGGUCGCCGUCGUUAACCGAAUUAUUACGGCCAACGUUUCCUGGGAUGCUCAGAAAUAUUAGAAGAAAUUUAUAUAAUUUAGUAUUAAUUAUUGAUCCUCUAAGUGAGGAUUCCAUGCCACUAAUAACUCUAGCACAAUCUCUUUAUGCGCAUUCUGCACCACUGAGGGUAGGAUUUGUCUUUGUGACAAAUUAUAAUACAUCUGUAACAGGUUUAAUGGAUGCCAGUGUCGCAGCUAACAAUGCGUAUCACUAUUUUGCAGACACUAGAAGUCCGAAAGAGGCUUUACAUUUCUUGUCAGAGUUAGGAAAUUACAUCGGGAAUUAUGCUGACGUAGAUGAUGUAAAAAAAGUUAUCAGAUCCAAAGACUCGUCCGCUAGUAUACCUUACAUUCUUGGUGAGGAAUCAGAGUACGAUGUAGGACGGCAUUUAGCUAGCGAUUUUAUAAAACGAUGUGGUUUCAAGAAGUUCCCACAAGCUUUGUUGAACGGUGUACCCUUGACGCCUAAUCAAAUAAAUUCUGAAUCUUACGAAGAAGCAGUGUUAUCUACUAUUAUGACACAGACACCUAUGUUGCAAAAAGCAGUGUAUCGAGGGGAAGUAACAGAAGGAGACGACAUCAUUGAUUUUCUCAUGAACCAACCAAAUGUCAUGCCACGAUUAAACGAGCGUAUUUUGAAGGUGGAUAAAAAUGCGUGGUUAAAUUUAAUUGGCACAAUUCCUGAAGAUGACGACUAUACUAAAUGGUCUUCUCAAAAUCUGUCAACUUAUUUAAUGAAGAAAAUGCACUAUUUCUUUGUACCGCGUCGCAAUAUGCGUCAUUUAUAUUCCUUCUGGGUGGUAGCUGAUUUGAAAUUGUUGUCUGGCAGGCAAUUACUACGAGAGGCCCUCGAAUACGUAGAAUCAAAUACUGAUGCGCGAGUUAGUGUUAUUAUUAAUGCAAAGGAUGACGCAAAUCUCAAGUCUGAUAUUAACAAAAUUGUGCUUGCUGCAAUAAGUGCAUUACCGCCGGAAAAGGCUAUACUUUAUUUGCGUAAAAUCCUGAAAGAAGACAAUGCAGCUCUCAUUGCUAAUGGUAAUUUUGAGAUUGAGGACGAAUCUGUGGCAGCAAUCUUAGAGACUCAAAAUUCGAUAUUAUCGUUGCAUCAACAUUACGUUAAAACCGUCCUAAGCAUGGAGACGGGAACAAGAGCAGUUUUGUGUAAUGCCCGUAUUAUCGGCCCCUUGGAUAGCAGUGAAGAAUUUACAAGUGAAGACUUUUCUUUAUUAGAAAGAUUUAGCCAGAGCACCUAUGGCGAGAAAUUAUUCAUGAAAUUGAUAAAAGAUCAAAUAUUCAACGAAGAUGAAUAUGAAGAAAAUAAUAUUACGGAUGAUACGAUUAUGAAAAUCACUUCACUCUUAGUUCCACGUACACAAACUCGAAGUCGGUACGAUGUUCCUUUCCAUGGAGAUGAUCACAGUGUUAUAAAAAUUCCAGCAGCCAAUCCCGAUGAAGUCGCCUUCAACUUUAUUGCCAUUGUAGAUCCAGUUUCACGUGGUGCUCAAAAAUUGGGUCCGAUACUGAAAACACUACAACAAGCCCUAAAUUGCAAUAUAAAAGUAUUUUUGAAUUGCGUAGACAAAAAUAGCGAUAUGCCAUUGAAGAGCUUUUAUCGAUUUGUGCUCGAACCUGAAUUGCAGUUCACACCAGAAGGAGAUAUCAGUGGUUCUAUCGCAAGGUUUACAAAACUUCCCACUUCGUCACUAUUAACGCAAUACAUUCACGCACCUGAGAACUGGCUCGUAGAAGUAGUGCGCAGUGUUUAUGAUUUAGAUAAUAUUAAGCUCGAUAAUGUCGCGAUGGGCGUGCAUAGUGAAUUUGAGUUAGAAUACUUACUGCUCGAGGGUCACUGUUUUGAAGCAGUAAUGGGAAACCCACCAAGAGGCCUUCAGUUCACAUUGGGCACUGAAAAACAACCCGUGAUGGUUGAUACUAUAGUAAUGGCCAAUCUAGGGUACUUCCAACUCAAGGCGAAUCCCGGCGAAUGGGUGUUGCGACUUCGGCAAGGACGAUCCGCAGAAAUAUACGACUUUACCACUGUUGACGGACAGGACGUUAUUCAGAACGGCAACGAUGUGAAAGUCCUGAUAAGUUCUUUAAGGAGUCACGUGUUGAAAGUGAAGGUUUCCAAGAAGCCAGAUAAGGCGAGAAUGGAUCUUUUGUCGGACAACGAGAACGAUUCUGGAUUAUGGAACUCCAUUUCUAGGACAUUUACGGCGACGGACGAAAAUGAAGACAAAGAUGAGAAAUUAAAUAUUUUUUCUCUUGCCUCUGGUCAUCUAUACGAGAGAUUCUUGAAGAUCAUGAUGCUGAGUGUUAUUAAACACACUAAAACACCGGUCAAAUUCUGGUUCUUAAAAAAUUAUCUUUCACCAACGCUAAAGGACUUUCUGCCACAUAUGGCUAAAGAAUAUGGCUUUGAGUAUGAACUCGUUCAAUAUAAAUGGCCUCGUUGGCUUCAUCAACAAACUGAGAAACAGAGGACUAUUUGGGGAUAUAAAAUCCUGUUUCUCGAUGUGCUGUUCCCACUGAACGUUAAGAAAAUAAUAUUUGUCGAUGCCGAUCAGGUGGUAAGAGCGGAUUUGAAGGAACUGGCAACUAUGGAUCUCGGCGGCGCACCUUACGCAUACACGCCAUUCUGUGAAAGCAGAGUCGAAAUGGAUGGAUUCAGAUUUUGGAAGCAAGGAUAUUGGAGAAAUCACUUGCAGGGUCGUGCUUACCAUAUUAGCGCGCUAUAUGUGGUCGAUCUCAAACGAUUCCGUCGUAUCGCCGCCGGAGAUAGGUUGCGUGGGCAGUAUCAGGCGUUGAGUCAAGAUCCAAAUAGCUUAGCAAAUCUUGAUCAAGAUCUCCCUAACAAUAUGAUCCAUCAAGUGGCCAUCAAAACGCUACCACAGGAGUGGUUGUGGUGCGAAACGUGGUGCGACGAUGCGUCUAAGAAAUACGCCAAAACUAUAGAUUUAUGUAAUAAUCCGAUGACUAAAGAAGCGAAAUUGCAAGCAGCCAUGCGUAUCUUGCCUGAAUGGGUGGGUUACGACGAAGAAAUUAAAACUCUGCAACAGAAGGUAGAGAAUGCCAACAGACAGACGGAGAAAGACAGUGCUAACCCUUUUUCAAUUGCUCGCGUGCCCGUGUCGUUCGCGCUCCUCCUCGCCGACGGCCCGUCCAGAACAUUUCACGACAUGGAAAACAGUGGAGCUAAGUCCGCCAACAUAGAAUUUCUCACCGUCGUCGUGGAGCAAAAUAACAGAGCCAACGAGUUCAAGGAUAAGGCGAUUUAUGGCUAUGGGACGAGCAUACCGCCGAAUAACAACGAGGAUGAAGAAAGUGAGAUGUCCCCACGGAAGGUCAUCUUCUGCGUUCACGGAAAAUUGUCAGGUUGUUGUACGGUGGUGAAAGGUUCCGGCGACGAAAAUGCAUCCGCGGACUAUCAACAAAAUCCGACAAUGUCUCCGGAAGAUCACUGUCACAGGGAGAGGAACGAGGAGAUCGACAAGAAAGCCCGAAAGAAGUUGCUGAUAGCCAGUGCGCUCUGCGUUAUUUUCAUGAUAGCAGAAAUCGUCGGCGGUGUAUUAUCGAACAGCUUGGCGAUAGCGACCGAUGCCGCACAUUUGUUGACUGACUUCGCGUCUUUUAUGAUAUCUCUCUUCUCCAUCUGGGUCGCUGGUAGACCAGCCACCAGAAAAAUGCCUUUUGGUUGGUAUCGAGCGGAGGUCAUCGGAGCAUUGACUUCAGUUUUGUUAAUAUGGGUGGUCACUGGCAUCUUAUUCUACCUCGCGAUAGAGAGAAUCGUCCACAAGGACUUCGAGUUGGACGCCACGGUGAUGCUGAUCACGUCGGCGGUUGGUGUUGCGGUAAAUCUAGUAAUGGGCCUGUCGUUGCAUCAGCAUGGCCAUAGUCACGGCGGGCAUAGCCACGAUAGAGGCAGCGACGUGGAAAGUGAGCUUGAUGGUGAUCUCAAAGGGGAGCAUCAGAAAAGGAACAUCAACGUGCGGGCCGCCUUCAUCCACGUUUUGGGUGAUUUUAUUCAGAGCAUAGGAGUAUUUAUCGCCGCAUUAGUCAUUUACUUUAAGCCAAGUUGGAACAUAGUGGAUCCAAUAUGUACAUUCCUCUUCUCCGUAUUAGUUAUCCUCACUACGGUGGCGAUUAUUAAGGACGUAGUUAACGUCCUGAUGGAAGGUAUUCCCAAGGGUUUUGAGUAUUCCCAAGUGGAGAACACCUUUAUGCAAAUAGAUGGAGUCGUUAAGGUGCACAAUCUUAGAAUCUGGGCGCUCUCGCUCGACAAGACCGCUCUGUCGGCGCAUCUUGCUAUAAAACCUGGAGCGAGUCCCCAGAACAUCUUGCGAACCGCCACGCGGAAUAUCCACGACAAAUACAAGUUCUUCGAGAUGACGUUGCAGAUAGAGGAAUUCAACGAGCGAAUGGAGAACUGCAAGCAGUGUAAAGCGCUGUCGCAAUAAAGCCACCGUUUUUUAUUGUACUUAUGCGUGUCCCAGUCGCGAUAUAAGGGACGCGAUGUGCAACGAAGAUAAUUUUAGAUUAGAAGUCUCGUGACCGUCACGAGAUCGUCACGCUUCGCCGAAUGAAGCCGAUGUGACUGCUUUCAUUCGCGAAAGCCGCGUAUGCAUCAUUACAGAACUCUUGUUAUACUUUUUUCCUUUCUUUUUUUUUUUUUAAUUUCGUGAAGAUACGAGCAGUCAUUGUCACUCGUACAACGCGCGAUGUGUUUAUUGUGAUUAGUUCAAUUGUUAUUCCAUCAUAAGAUAAAUUAUAAUUAGUUUCGCAAAUAAACGAAGUUGUAUAUCGUUAA